AUGCAGAAUUCGAGCACACGGCCGGAAGAAAUUCCAAACGGGUGCUUUGAUUGCAACAUCUGUCUCGACUCGUCCCACGACCCCGUGAUCACACUCUGCGGCCAUCUCUACUGUUGGCCAUGCAUAUACAAAUGGCUCCGUGUUCAAAACUCAUCGCUCGAGUCAAAAAAGGAACUUCCCAAGUGCCCCAUUUGUAAAUCACACAUCUCGAUUUCCACGCUCGUCCCGCUAUACGGGCGUGGCUCGUCAAAGCCCGAAACGAAAAAAAAGCCCAAGAACAAGUUAGAUCUGACCGUACCUCGCCGGCCUCCACCGGGCCUCCGGGCCUCGCAAAAUUAUCAAAACCCUUUUCAACUGAACAGCCGGGCUUACCAACAAGCCCAUUCUUUCGCGGUUCCAUCAUCAUCAUCCGCAAGCUUCAACAGUCCGACUAUGAAUAUGGUGGGAGAGUUGGUGUUUGCUCGGAUGUUCCCAAGCCAGGACACGAAUCUGUUUUCUUACCCUUAUUACUCGAACUAUAACAAGUCACUUAAUCGUGUUUCGAUCUUUCUGUUCUGCUUCAUCAUCUUUUGCCUGAUCUUGUUUUAG